AUGUUUCCUCAAAAUACGUUGUGGGCUGGUCUGGCUAAGCCAAUAUCGAGCCAAUAUCAAUUAUCAAAUAUAUUAAGAUUAUAUUCUACAAGACCUUCGUUAAUAGCACCAAGUGUCGCUUCAACAGUUCAUUCGGUUGCACCAGAGAUUAAUCAUUCUCCAAUACAAGCAUUUAAGAGGAAAUGGUUACCAAAAAGAUGUGGUAUCAUUACUGAGAAGGUCGGUAUGAUGCCUUAUUUUGAUACCAAAACUGGAGAUAGACUUGCUGCCACUAUAUUGAAAUUGGAUAACGUAGAAGUUAUGAUGCAUCGUACAAUAGAUUCGGAUGGUUAUUUUGCAUGUCAAGUAGGGUACGGUAAUAAGAACCCCAAAAAUGUCUCGAGACAACUUUUAGGUCAUUAUGCAUCUAAAAUUGUUAACCCUAAAUUGAAAACUACAGAAUUUAAGGUUGCCAAUGAAGAAGGUUUAUUACCAUUAGGUACGUUGAUGAAACCCUCUUUUUUCGAAGUUGGUCAAUUUUUGGAUGUUAGAUCUGUCUCAAAGGGUAAAGGUUUUGCAGGUGUGAUGAAAAAAUAUCAUUUCAAAGGUCUAAGAGCCUCUCAUGGUACAUCUAUUAUGCAUAGACAUGGUGGUUCUUAUGGUCAAAACCAAGAUCCAGGUAGAGUCUUGCCAGGGAAGAAAAUGCCUGGUAGAAUGGGUGGUAUUAAUGUCACUGUUCAAAACGUGGAGGUUCUAAAAAUAGACGAUGUAAAUAAUGUUAUUUGGGUUAAAGGUGCCGUACCUGGUCCAAAUGGUUCUAUUGUAAAGAUUCAAGAUUCAAUUAAAAAGCCACCUGCAUAA